AUGUCUAAACAAUUAUUUUUAAUAAUUUUAAUAAUUAUUUUCUUCGCUGGUUCAUUAACCUUUGCUAUGGAAGAUAACAUUGAAGAAAGUCCUAUUCAAGAAUGUCUCAAGUGUAUAAGAUCAGGUGGUGAUUGCUUUCGAGUGUGUUUAGGAAAUCAGUAA